GGAGUGAGCAGUUCGCUACUCGCGAGGACGUUGUGUCCUCUCUUUUGGACUUGAGCAUGCUCCAGGCUCGUAAGGAGCGACUCACCCUCCAUGUCGCUGCACUGCGUCGCCUUCUCACCAUCCUCUCUGACCCCGAUCGCACCCUCCCGAUCAUCCCCGUACGACUGGGGACCUCUACGAGGGUGUACUCAGCGCUGUGGGAUUCCGGUUCUCAGGGCGACUUCGUUCACCCACGUGUGGUGAAAGAAGCUCGCUUACCCACGACAGGGUCUCCGACCCCCAUCUCUGUCACCCUAGGGGAUGACAAGACCCAGCGCUUCUUCGAUCAGACGGUCACCGACCUCCUUUUCUUCCUCACUCUCGAGCCGACUGAUCAUUCCCCGGCGUCUCGUCGCCAUUGCUCCUCUGCACAUUUCGAUGUGAUGGAGACGGGGUACGACUUCAUUCUCGGCACUCCGUGGUCUCGUCGGUUCCGCAGCACCAAGGCCGAUUGGGCGACCAAUACUCUCGUUCUCAAAACGAAGUGUGGACAGACGUAUCGCGUACCUUUCAUAGGUACCACUGCGACAUCACCCCCCGAUCCUCCUCCCCCGGAGCCUUCUGCGCCCAUUCCAUCUCCUUCUAUUACUGUCACCUCGCCUCGACAGUUUGCUCACUUCAUCCGACAGGACGACGUCACCUUCUUUAUGGUGAACAUGACGGAUCUCUUACACUAUGAUCCACCCUGUCCCGACGCCAAGCUCAUCCCUCUGGAGCCAGAUCCUCCUUCGAUCUCCAUGGCUCUCAUCUCUACUUCCCACCCUCCGCCGUCCGUCGAGUCCGCCCCGUCGUCGCGCGCCGACGCUGACGCUGAGGAACUCGCACGCUAUACGGUUGACUUGGAGCCCGCAGUUCGUGACCUCAUUAGAGAGUACCACGACGUUUUCCCACCGUCGUUCUCGUACGCUGGCAUCCCACUGAUGUGCGACGUCGAGCACUCCAUCUUGCUUGUGCCUGACUAUCGUGUUCACCACCAGACACCCUACAGACUCUCGAUCCCCGAGGCCACCGAACUCAAGCGUCAGCUUGAGGAGCUCCCGAGAUUGGGUUUCAUUAAACCCAGCAACUCCCCGUGGGGUGCACCCGUCCUCUUUGCUCGCAAAGCGGAUGGACUCUCCUUCACGGUGAUGCCAUUCGGCCUCACCAAUGCACCCGCUACCUUUCAGAGGGCGAUGAAUGACAUCUUCAGGCACAUCUUGGAGCAGUAUGUUCUCGUCUACCUCGACGAUAUCCUGGUCUACAAUCGUACCCUUGAGGAGCACCUCAGACACCUCCGCGACGUCCUUGACCGCUUGCGCAGACAUGGCUUCUACGCCAAGCUGAGCAAGUGCCGGUUUGCCCAACACAAAGUGGAUUUCUUAGGACACUACGUGUCUGACCAGGGUCUUCAUGUGGACGACGCGAAGAUCACUGCUAUCGCGGAGUUGCCCGUCGCCACAUCCGCCAAGCAGCUUCGCAACUUCCUAGGCCUUACCAGCUACUAUAGUAAUUUCAUCCAGGGAUACGCUAGGUAUUCCUACGUCCUUACCUCCACCCUCCUCCGGAAGAACCCACCCUGGGCUUGGACACCCCUCCACGAGGACGCCUUUCACGCCCUCAAGAAGGCGGUGACAUGGGCACCGGUUCUUCACCUACUCGAUUUUGACCGCCCUUUUAUACUUAACACCAAUGCGUCAAACUUUGCUGUUGGAGCAGUGCUUUCUCAAAUCUUCCCCUCCUCUCCUGAUUCCUCUCAUCCUCGUAUCCCUCGCUUCCCACCACCUACCCCUACCACUGCUUCCCGACUGACGCCUACUGGUCCAGCUACUGACGAGCCUUUUAUUGACUAUUCUCCUACCAUCGCCGAGGACGGCACUGUCGAGUCUCGCUCAGGUGAUUGUCCGAUGGCCUUCUACUCCCGUCAGCUCUUGCCCGCCGAGAUAAACUACACCGCUGAUGAACAUGAGCACAAGGACUUUGUGAAGGACUACGUCGUAAAGUGUCCCACCUGUCAGGAGGUGAACAGUGCGAACCACUUGCCUUAUGAUUUGCUCCAGCCUCUUCCCAUCCCUGAGGGUCGCUGGCAGUCCAUCUCGAUGGACUUUAUCGGUCCUCUUCGUCCUCCGCCCCCCCGCGGUCAUGAUGCUAUCCUGGUCAUCGUCGACCAUUUCACGAAGCGUGCACGCUUUGUUCCGUGCCGCUAUGCCAUCAGUGCACGUGAGGUCGCCGACAUCGUGUUUAACCGAGUCGUGCGUGACCACGGCUUACCUCUGAGCAUCAUAUUUGACUGUGACCCGCGCUUUACCAGCCGAUUCUGGCGACGGCUCCAUGAGGUUUACGGCACCCAGCUCCGCUUCUCCUCAUCUUACCAUUUUCAGACUGAUGGUCAAACCGAGGUCACGAACAGGAGUCUCGGAGACAUUCUUCGAAAGAUUGUUCGUGACGACCAACAGUGGGAUCUCCAUCUUGCCCACGCGGAGAUAGCCUACAACCACGCCGUCUCGCCAGCCACGGGGAUGUCGCCUUACUAUUGCGACCUCGGCUACCACCCUCGUGUUCCCGCAGACUUCCUUCGACCGUUGCAGAUGCGCUCCUACACGAGUUGUCCCGCGCUGGAUGAUUGGGUUGCACACAUGACGUAGUUAAUGAAGACCGCACAUGAGC